AUGAAAUAUGCUGAAUAUUAUAUUAAACAAAAUAUAGUAUCAAUAAAUAUCCAAAUAAAUAUUUUAGAUAAAUCUUUAUUUAAUGAUUUAAUAAUUACAAAAAAUAUAUUAAAUCACAUUAAAGCUUUUGUCAUAAUUAAAAAAAAAAAAAAAAUAAGAAACUUCAAUUUAUAUAAAAUUAAGUUGCGAUUAAUUUAUAACGAUACAAAUGAGCAUAUAUUUUUAAAAAAUAAUAAGAAACAAAUAAAAUCAAAUAUUGCUAAUAUCAAAAAUGUUGAAAAAGAAAAAGUGAAUUGUUUUGAAAAAAAAUAUUUGAAUUGUAAUAAUUUGAGUAAAACACAGGAAAAUAAACUUUUUUUUAAAGAUAACCAUGAUUUAUGUAACAAAACUAUAUAUAAUAACAAUGAAAGAAAUAAUUUAAAUAAUGAAAGUAAUAACAGAAAUAAUCUAAAUAUUCCAGUAAAAAUAGAAUUAAAGGAAAGAGAAGAAGAAGAAGAUGAAGAAAAAAAAAGAAAGAAAGAUUAUAACAAAAAGAUAAUGACAAAUACAUCAGAAAGCAUAUUAGGUAAUAAUAUUUUUAUGAAGAAAAUAAAAAAAAUAAAUGAAGAAAAUGGAUUAGAUUAUUUUGAUAUAUUUGAUGUAUUAAGAGAAAAAAAUGUUUUUACAAAAGAUUUUUCUUUAUUUAAAAGAAAGUAUUUUUGUAAAUAUCUAUUUUUACCUUCUAUGUUAUCAAUAUUAAAUGUAAAUAUAAAAUCAAUUCAUUUUAUAUUAGAUAAAAAAUUGAGUAUUAACUUAUUAUUUGACAUAACCGUUAAUAAAAAAAGUAACAAUUUUUUUGAAAUAAAUAAAAAUAAGGAAUUAGACAAUAUGUUAAAAAUAAAAAAAAAUAUUAUACAAUGCAAAUUAUGUAAUUCUGAUAUAAUAUCGUAUUCAAAUAUUAAUUUUAUAAUGCCACAUUUACAUUUAAACAUAAAUGAUUUUUUUGAACAUGCAUUUUGUGAAGAAUGCACAACCUUUUCUUAUGAUACUUUGAAGGAUAAUGAUAAUAAUAUGUUAAUUUUUUCUAAUUGUUUAUCAUUUAAUUUUAACUUAAUAAAAAAUAGUGAAUUACUGGUUGAAAAAAAAUCAAUAGAAAAUUAUAGAUAUAUGUUUUUUUGUAAUUUUUGUUAUAAUUCAUUAGGUUAUUUAGAAAAUGAAAAUGAAAAUACUUACUCUUAUCAUGUUAAUAAAAAUAUUUAUGAUAAUAUUAAAUUUUUGUUCUUUAAUUCUACGGAGGAGGUUAAUAGGAAUCAAUAUAUAAAACUUGAUAAGUCUCUAUUUAGCUCUAUAAAAUCUUAUGUAAAUAAUGUUGAAAAAAAUGGAGAAAAAAUAAAAAUUGCUAAUAGAGAAUAUUCAAGUGGUUUUGCAACUAAAAAUACUAAUGACAUAAAUGAACAAUUAUCAGAUAUUCAAAUGAAUAUAAAAAAGAAAGAUAAUUUUUUAAAUGAAUAUGUGGAAAGAAAUGAAAAAGAAAAAAACAAAACUUUUAAUUGUUUUAAUGAAAAUAUUAUAGAGAAUACAUUCAAAAAUAUAAAAAAAGAGAAUAACUACCACGGUAAUUUAAAAAUCUAUAUAUUUAAACAUAAAAUUAAAAUGCUAUUAGAUAAUGUAAACAUUUUUAAUAAUUACACAGAUUUAAUAUUUCUUAAUGAAUACAUUCUUAAUAAAAGUGAAAAAUAUAAUACAUUCUUAUUUUAUUUAAAAAAUGACAAAAAAGAUAAAAUUAUAGAAAUAAGAGUGUUUAUAAAAAAUUUGUAUAUUUGUAAAAUUAUGGAAAAAAAAAAAUAUGAUGAUUUUUUAUUUUUUCAGAAAGUAAUGAAAAUAUUAUAUUGCUUAAAAAACAAAAAUGAAAUAAAAUAUGUAAAUUCUGAAUUAAUAAAUAUUUCAAAAGAAAUUUAUGAAGAUAUUUUAAAAAUGCUUAUUAAUUAUUCUUAUAAAUCUGAUAUUUUUGAAAAUAAAUUUUUUUCGUAUCUUCAUUUAGUACAGUAG